UAUGUAUGUGUAUCUGUAGCUAGAUCUAUCCAAAUUAAUAAACAGUGGAGUGGAGGCACAACAAAACAUAGGUACAUAUUAAAUUCAGAGAUAUAUAGAAUUAAUAAUAUGAAAGUUGAGGUGCAGCAGCAGCAGCAGCAGGAAGAAGAAGAAGAAGAAUUAGGGCUGGAGCCCAUGAGCCCUAGUGCUCAGUACUUGAAAAGUUCUGUGUUGUCCCUAACCAUUCUUGGAGUUUUGGAAUGCCAAGGUCCCAUUGAUGAUUCCUUGGCCAUCUCCCUCGUCAAAGAUGUUUUCUUGCCAAUCAAUCCUCGUUUCUCCUCCAUCAUGGUGGCGGGGAAGAAGGGGGUGAAGAAAUGGAAGAAGGUAGAGGUGCACGUGGAGGAGCACGUGAAGGUGCCGAUCUUCCCCGACGGGAUGGCGGCGGAGUACUACGACGAUUGCUUCGCCGACUACCUCUCGAACCUGUCGACGGAGCAGCUCCCGCCGUCGCGGCCGCUCUGGGAGAUUCACAUCGUUAAGUAUCCGACGCGGCACGCCGCCGGAAACCUAAUUUUCAAGCUCCACCAUUCCCUCGGCGACGGCUACUCCCUCAUGGGCGCCCUCCUGUCCUGCCUCCAGAGGCUCGACAACCCCUUGUUGCCGCUCACUUUCCCGUCGCGGCAGUCGGCGGCGGACGCCGAUCGCCGGAAAUCGGUCCUCCGGCGAGUUCCGCGGCUGUUCUCAGGGAUUUGGCACACCGUGUAUGACUUCGGGUGGAGCCUUCUGAAGAGUAGUCUUAAUGAGGAUGAUAAGUCGCCGAUUAGGUCCGGCGAAGACGCUGUGGAGCUCCGGCCGAUCGCCACCGCCACCACCACUUUUUCGAUUGAUCAGAUCAAGCAAAUCAAGAACAAGCUCAACGUGACUAUUAAUGACGUGAUUACGGGCAUAAUUAUAUUUGGGACUCGCCUAUACAUGCAAAAAACAAGCGAAGGAUCGGGCAAUUCGAAAUCAACAGCCUUAGUGCUAUUGAAUACGAGGGCCAUCGGGGGCUAUAGAUCCGUGGAUGAAAUGGUUCGACCCGAUUCUGACAUGCCAUGGGGGAAUCGAUUUACAUUCUUACCUGUUCCUCUUCCUAAACUUACUCCAGAGGAAAUACAGAAUCCUCUCGUAUUUGUUAAAAAGUCUCACCGGAUAAUUAAGCGCCAGAGAAACUCUGGCUCCGUGUUCUUGACCGGCCAACUUCUUAAUAUUAUUAGCAAAUUCAAAGGACCCGAGGCAACAGCAAAAUAUAUCCACGGGACCUUAAAGAACACGAGCAUGGCAAUAUCGAAUCUGAUAGGGCCUGUCGAACAAAUGGCAUUAGCCAACCAACCUGUUAAGGGAUUGUAUUUCAUCGUGGCUGGGCCACCCCAGAGCCUGUCAGUAACUAUGAUAAGUUACGUGGGAAAGCUUAGAAUUGCACUGAAUAUGGAAAAGGGUUUUAUGGAUCCAAAUAAGUUCAAGUCCUGCAUAGAGUACGCCUUCGAUGCCAUUUCUAAAGCUGCACUUCUUCAAUCAUAGCAUAUUUAUAUAUAUAUAUAUAUAUAUUAAUUAACCCAUUAUUAUUAUUAUUAUUAUUAUUAUUAUUAUUAUUAUUAUUAUUAUUGAUGUAUGUACACAAGCAAAUUGCAAUUCGUUUGUGUUACACAUAUAUAUCAAGUACAAGGUAUGAUGAAUUAAUGACUGUUCCACUUCGGUCUUAAUAGAAUUUGAAGGUUUAAAUUUUUUAUUUAAAUAAUAUUUAUUUUGUUUUAAAA